AUGAGGCCAAAAUGUAGCGCUAUAUGGACGUAUUUUAGUGAAGUGGACGCUGAUACUGUUAGAUGUAAAAUAUGUGACCAAACGUAUUCAAGGAAAAGGCGCGGUACUUCGGGGUUAAGAAGUCAUCUCAAGUCACGCCAUGAAGUAGAAUAUGCCGAGUAUGAACAAAAGGAUACAGCAUUAAAAAAAGCCGCGGUUGAUAAACGCAAAUUGUUGGAAGAGACUCCUCUUCAACAGGCUAAGAGACAAGUAACUUUACAGGAGGCAUUACAAAGACAUCAGUAUUGGGAUACAUCUCACGAAAAAAGCUGCGAGCUGGAUAAUUUAAUUUGCGAAAUGUUAGCUCUUCAAGAUUUACCAUUUAAUUUUGUUGAAGGAAUUGGCUUUAGACGGUUGAUUCAUGCUGUUCAGCCAAAAUAUAAUUUAAGAGGACGUCAAAGUUACACAUCUCAUUUGUGUAAUUAUAUUUAUCCUAAAUUAAGGAACAAGGAUGCCAUAGUACUUUAUACCUCACAACAUACAAAUUUGCCGCAGUUUACUCCAAACGAUUGGCUACAACUUGAGAGCUGUGCAACAAUCCUUAAGCCAUUUGAAGAGGCCACCAAGACCAUGAAUCCAAAAUAUAAAACUAAGUUUUUUAAUGAAAUCACUAAAGAAAGUAUUGAGUCCGAACUGAUUUCUUUAUGUCAAGAUCAAGAAGGCCAUGGCGCACAAGCACAACCACAAAUACAGUCAUUCGAACAUGAUGUUAUUCAACACAAUCAACACUUUCAUCAUACCGAUACCGAGACCCUACCAUCAACGAGUUCUGGAGCUAACUUUUCUACAGGCAGAUUUUUACAAUCAAUGUUAUCUGAGAUGCUGGCCUCAGCUCCUAAUAGUGACGAUGAAGAAAGUCCAAUCGCACCCAUCGACAGAUUUCUUAUCCUGAAGUCACUAAUAAUUAAUUAUAUUAAAGAGAAGAGAAUAGGUCUUCAAGAAGACAGUCUUUUGUGGUGGAAAAUAAACCCCAAAUAUUUUGAACUUUACAGAGCUGUGCGCCAGUAUCUUUCAGCCCCUCCAUCAAGUAUUCCCAGUGAGCGCCUUUUCAGUGGCGCUGGAUUAGUUUACGACUGA